AUCAAGUCAAGCUGGAAAGGAGUCUACGAACUUAGUUUCAUACCAUUCAGAAAGAAAUGGCCGAUGGCAGUUUUGAAGGGGCAGAAAGAGACACUGCAGAAGACACAGAUGAGCUUCUUUACACUGACCUGGAUGAAGACAGCAAUGUCCCUCUGCCACAGGAUCACUGUGACCUCCUCCUAGAUGCCAUCGAUGCCCAGCUGAGCCGCCUGCAGGUGCAGAGCCAUAGCAAUGGGAUUGAAGGUAUCUCCAGAAAACAUGAUUGCCUCAAUACAGCUCAUCUUAGCAGUAGCCAGUCUGUGAGCAGGGAUACAGGACUGGGAAGUACCAUCCCCACUAACGACACCCCCAUCUCUUGUCUUGACGUGGUACGCUCUGAGACCAGGGACCUAUCUUCAGAGAAGAGCUCAGGAGAACGGGUGGACCCUGCUAAUCAGGAGGAAGAGGAGCAGAGGAUAGUUGAAGUGAUGACAGAAGAAGAGGAGGGUGUAGAGUCCCGGAAGGAGCAGUGUCACUGGAGGCUGGAGAGGCUGUUGGGGACUUAUGCCUGUGGAGGAGGAGGGUUAGCAGGAGAGCUGUGCUCCCCUCCAGAAAGUGUCUGCACAGAGGACUUUGCCAUGCGCUUCAGGGAGGAGAUGGUGGUGAGGCUGCCAGACAGGACCAAACAGAGACUGGCCAGAGACUGGAGUAGCAACCUGGGACAGUCCUUUGGAGAGGAAGAGGCUGAAAGGACAGCAUCAAAACAAGCAGGUGGUCUCACUGCUACUGGGGGAGAGGUUGUGGAUAGAGGCAUGGGUUAUACAGAGCUUCCCCAUCACAUGGACAAGCAAGGCAAGGAGAGCCAGACUCAUCACAGGCAUGGAGAGAGGAGAACUAACUGGAGUGGAAACCUAGGGGCCAGUGAGAGCCACACAAGAGCACCACAGAGGCUUAGUGGUCUUAGCAGGAGUGAAUGCUGUCUUCACUCUCUAGUGACUCCACCAGGGGAUGAUAGACAGCUGUCAGUAGAGACAUGUUCACAGUCCUUUGGGUUACCCCAGCCUGCCACAGUGCCUGGUCCUCCCAGCACUAGCAAUGUUCGUACAGGGGUUCUCAUUGAGGCCUGUUCCAGUCUGGACCCUGAGGGAACCAAGGAGAACAGGAACCAUGCUGCUAGAACCACCACCAGACACCUGGCAGGAGUGCCUGUGUGGAAUUUUGACACAGUGACCAUAGACAGUGACCUGGACUCAGUACGCACAGAGAAGGUCUGGCAACACGUCCACAGCAGGCCAGGAUACCUGUCAGCCAUUCGGUCUGUCAGCCGCGUGGAUGGUCUCGACACUGACCAGAGUGACUAUGACACACCCACUCUGGAGCCAAGGAAUCUCAAGUUUACUCCAGCACUGAUAGCUAGCAAUGGAAAUGUGACCAGUGACAGUCUACCUCUUCGUAAAGCACACAAAAGCAGAAGAGACACUCACAGGUGUGGGCUCUCUGUGGAUGAUGAUGAUGAGGAUACAGACGAGGGCUGUGUCCGCUGGAGGAGGAGACGUAGGCCUGACAAGGACACAGGGGGACAUGUGUGUACGCAGAGGCCUGGGGGUCGUCUGGAGGAGGUGAGGUCAGACUGGCUACAGAUGGAGGAGGAGUUGGCUACCCUCAGACAGGACUGUGAGAAGGAGGAGAAGAGGCUGAGGAUGAAGAGAGCUCAGCUGUGUGAGACUGAACUGUGCCUCACUGACCUUCUUCAGAAAAGAAAACAUGCCAUGCAGGAGUGGGAGCAGCUGCGUGCGGGGGCAGAGCAGAUGGAAAGGGAGGGGAGGAGUCUGGAGGCCAGCCUGAGAGACAGCAAGGCAGAAGCAGACAGCACCAGUUCUCAGCUGCGCCGGCUGCAGAGGCAGAGGGACUCCUGUUUGCAGGAGGUCAGGGAUCUGAAGGAGGAGCUGGCUGCUCUAUGUAAACACAGAACUGCCUUAACGGAUGGGACCUGCAUGGACAGGAGAGUGACCAGUGUCAGUAUGUCUGUCCUUGAGAGAGAGGAGUUGGACAGACAGCUGAACAGUGCCAAGACAGAACUGUUUUCCGAACAGCGGUGCUCUAGACUCAAACUGGACUCUAUGCAAGAGAAGUUGGACGAAGCUCACGAGGAGCUCCAGCGUGUAACAGAGGAGGAGAAGUUACUGAGGGAUAGGUGUGCAUGUCUGGAGGAGAAACACAGACUGAAACAGGAGGAGGAGGAGGCAGUGGAGGUGCAGGUGUGUGAGCUACAGAAAGAGCUGGGGGAGAGUGAGAGCAGGGUGGAGAGGAUAGUAGCCCAGAAGGAGCUGCAGCUGCUGGGGUUCCAGGAGGAGAGGAGUGCCUUGCAGGCAGAGAGAGAUGGGCUCCAGGGGGAGCUCCGCAGCCUGAGGAAGCUGCACAGCAUCUCCCUGAGAGAGACCCAGGAGCAGGCACUCACGCAGACGCAGCGGGAGCUGGAGCAGCUGAAGAAAGAGUUGGCUUUGUCUCAUGAGAAACACAUCCAGCAGGCUCAUAUUCAAGCUGAAGAAGAGAAAACAAUUUCUCUCAGAGAACAGGCCCUGUCUCACACACAGCACAUUGAGUCCAUACAGAGCUGCAUCCAGAUGAAGGAGAAGGAGUGGUGGAAGCUGACGGAGGCUCUUAAGGAGCAGAAGAGGUGAUGAGGAGGCGAGAGGAGGAGCUGUGUGCGGAAGCUCAGGAGAUGAUGCACGGCACUAUAGAGCGUGAGAGGAAGAAAUGGGCGGCAGAGAAAGAAGCGGCUCUACAGUUGCAGUGUGGGAUACUGGA